ACUUUUAGCAUUUUUUAGAGAAUAAUUUAUUUGUUUGAUAGCAACGAAACAGCAUGCUUCAUAUUCUUUUUUUGCCUAAACAGCAUUUCCUUAUGCAAACUUGUUGUUGAACAAAAAAGAUCCGAAAAACAAAAAUAUUAGUGUCAGGGCAAAAAACACCUAUUUUUAGCGAGUACUUCGACUUAUCAACUAUCUCAAAUCGGAAAUUGCCAGAAAAUCAGAUCAAUUUGCUUUAUAAUGCAAGUUUGUUAAUUUUAUUUUACUCACCAUUUCUUAGACUUUUGUUUUCCAUUUCAUUAUUUUCGAAUUUCAGAGCUUCGAUUUUAACGAAAUUCUGAAUGACGUUUAACGUAUAUAAUAUGGCUAAUGACAAUAUAAUUGAAGAUUCGAUUAUUACGAUCACAUUUGACGUAGUCGGAAUUUCAAAUCAGAGUCAAUAUUCCAAUUCCCUCUGGGAUCCUUACUCCUCAUUUUUCUCCAUAUCCAUGGGAUUUCUCCACUUGAUAGCAUUCGUAUUCUCAUUCCUGGGAAAUGUGUUGAUUCUGUCAGUGAAGAUAUUUUCCAAGAGGGGAAGAGCUACUAGGAAAAGUAGUUUCUUAUUGCUGAAUUUGGUCAUGAGUGAUCUUCUGACGAGUGUAUUCUGUAUUCUACCAGCAACUGUCCAGGUGUUCUUCCAUGGAUAUUGGAUGUUCGGAGAGAUCCUCUGCUCCGUGUAUGGUCUUCUCAUCUACACUGGGGUCACGUGUUCAUACGUGUUCAUGACUUUAUUAGGAAAGUGGUCUCAUCCUCAUCCAACAAGAUUUUUUGGACAAAUUCAAAAAUAG